AAUUUAUUAGGUCUUUGCUUAGAGAAAUAGAGAAAGGCCUGGAACUGAGGAAAGUACCAGUCGCUGAGAGUUCGCCACAAGCUUCUGCUUUCGUUUUGCUACCCCUGCAGACUCACUUUUAAGCUGUCACCAGGGAAGGAGCCUCUCCACCCAGCUCGGGCCCUUAGGGACGACACUCCCCUUCCGCAUACUAUAAGGGCUGCAGCUGGCCCUGGGCGCUUCUUCCCAGAUCUGCAGCAGCUGGAGCCGGACCUGCUACGUAGCAGGUAAGGCCCGCGGUGGCAUCGCAGCGAGGUGGCAGGUGAGGCCCCCGGGUGGCAUCGCAGGGAGGUGGCUGGCCGACCCGAGGAGGCCAGACUUCUCCGCACGGUCUCCUGAAACCCGCUUGCUCCAUGAGCAGCGCCCUCACCGAAGCGGCGCCCCGGGAACGCUCUGUGGAUCCCCAGCGCCACCCCACGCCUAGCCUUCACCAUGGAGCAGCUGAGCACAGCCAACACCCUCUUUGCCUUGGAGCUGUUCCGCACCCUGAAUGAAAACAACUCCACAGGAAACAUCUUCAUCUCUCCCUUCAGCAUCUCAUCUGCCUUGGCCAUGGUCUUUCUGGGGACCAAAGGCAACACGGCGGCCCAGCUCUCGAAGACCUUUCAUUUCGAUGCCGUUGAGGAUAUCCAUUCAAGGUUUCAAAGCCUGAAUGCUGAAGUGAGCAAACGUGGAGCUUCCCACAUUCUGAAACUUGCUAACAGACUGUAUGGAGAGAAAACCUACAAUUUCCUUCCGGAGUUCUUGGCUUCAACUCAGAAAAUGUACGGAGCUGACUUGGCCUCCGUGGAUUUUCAGAAUGCCUCUGAGGAUGCAAGGAAGGCCAUAAACCAGUGGGUCAAAGGUCAAACUGAAGGGAAAAUUCCAGAACUGUUGGCUGAGGGUGUGGUUGACAACAUGACCAAACUUGUGCUGGUGAAUGCCAUCUACUUCAAGGGACUGUGGAAGGAGAAAUUCAUGAAACAGGACACAACCGAUGCGCCAUUUCGACUGAAUAAGAAAGACACAAAAACAGUGAAGAUGAUGUACCAAAAGAAAAAGUUUCCAUUCGGUUACAUUCAGGAUCUGAAGUGCAAGGUGCUAGAGAUGCCUUACCAGGGUGAAGAACUUAGCAUGAUCAUUCUGCUGCCUGAAGACACUGAGGACCCGUCCACGGGUCUUAAGAAGAUUGAGGAGCAAUUAACUUUGGAAAAGCUUCAUGAAUGGACCAAACGUGAGAACUUGGAAACCAUUGAUGUCCAUGUCAAAUUGCCCAGAUUCAAGCUGGAAGAGAGCUACACCCUCAACUCCAACCUUGGCCGCCUGGGAGUGCAGGAUCUCUUUAGCAGUGGCAAGGCUGAUCUGUCUGGCAUGUCAGGAUCCAGAGAUCUCUUCAUAUCAAAAAUUAUCCACAAGUCCUUUGUGGAAGUGAAUGAGGAGGGAACAGAGGCAGCCGCCGCCACUGGAGGCAUCGCUACAUUCUGCAUGUUGUUGCCCGAGGAAGAAUUCACAGUGGAUCACCCAUUCAUUUUCUUCAUUCGGCACAAUCCCACAGCUAACGUGCUCUUCCUUGGCAGAGUUUGUUCCCCGUAGAAGAGACUUUGGAGGCACAAGGCAGAGCUUAGAGUUUUAUUCCUGAGAUUUUAAUGAUGAUAAUUUUCAUUUGUCCUUGCCAAUAAAACCUCUACCCAGAAACUGA